GCCUGUUCACUUCCCGGCUGCGUUCCCACCUUCGUCUGUCGCGCUGCCAACAGUCAGCUAGCUACAGCAUAAGACCACAGGACCUAAGCAUAAAUUGCAAGAAGUUGUCCGAAUUUCCCGUAUAAAGACUAGAAGUUGCAAACAUGAGCAGGUUGUGUUUGGGGAAAUCCUCCACCGAUUCACAGAUACUAUUAUCUGGGAAUAAACCCAAUGACAUAAAGGGGAAGAAGAGAGUCACUGAUAAGCCUCGCAGGAGUCUUCCUGUCCACAAACUGCCUUGUUCUGUGCAGGUUUCCUGCCAGGAGACCCAAAAGGCAGGAUCUCCAAGUGGGGGAAUUCUGAAUACAGAGUGCGCUCCAAAGGAACCCAUCAACAUAACACCAAGGGUUGGAGAACAAACAGAGUCGACUGCAGCGCCUGAUGAAGAGCUGAAAAUGAAGGACUUGAGGAAUACACAGCUGUCAGAUUCAGCAGAAAUAGUUGAACCUCUCCCCAAGCAUGAGGUGAAUGAGGAGGAAGAACAGACAGAGGCAGAGGUUGCUGAGGAUGAGGACCUUAAGGCUCCCUUGGAGCUGAUAAUCGAGUUCCUCAGAGCCGUGACGGACAGAGACUUUCAGCUGGCACGCAAGCUGUGUCAGAUGAUUCUCAUCUAUGAACCCGACAAUCCUGAGGCCUCUGAGUUUCUCCCGCUGAUCCAGGAGAAGCUGCUGGAGGAGCAAGAGGCAGAGCAGAGCAACGAGGAAGAUGAAGAAGAAGAAGAUGAUAGUGAUGACGUUGACGAUGAAGAUGACGAUGAUGAUGACGAUGACUGCGGAAGUGAUGAGGAGUCCUCUCAGAGCUCAAGCUGCUCCUCUUCAUCCUGCUCCUCUUCUUCACCAUCAGAUGAUGAUGGUGAAGAAAAGAAAAUGCAAGUGAGCAGACACAAGCCGUGUCCUCUUUCCCAUAUUUCCCCCUAAAUCUAUUGUACCAGCCCAGCAGAGGCAGUGUUUUGAGUCCUAUCAACAGAGAUCUUUGCUAGUAGUGUGUCGUUGCUUUUUGGAAAUUGUAUUCUAUAGUUGAAUCCACAGAGCUACUUUGCACAGUACAAGUCAUAUUUCAUCUGCAAAUAAAAUAUUUU